UUAGAUUCUGCCGUCACAAGAUCAAAGGUCACAGAACAUCUGAAAAUUUAGAAGAUAAGUUAUAGCCGGUGUAAUGCAUUCUUGGUCUGGAAAUGCAAGUUAACCAAAAAUACGUAGUUAUUAUCUACAGCAGAUGUGAACAUGCUAUUUUUGAAUUUAUACGAGAAAUGAGAAUGUUUGUCUAUAAUAUACGCAUUUAUCGUGCUUAUAACUACUUAUAAACCCGAACGCAGCCUUCUUAAUUAGUCAUUAUAGUCUAUGUAUUUGUGUACACGUUAUCUUUCUCCGUUACGUCAACUUCCUGUACAUCCCUUUCCCGAAUCUUCUUUCGAUUUCCCCCUUGGUCCCCUCUCGCCUUUCAUCCCCUCACUGAUUGGGUUGAUCAAUGUGUUCAUGCAUUGCCAACGUCGGUUAAUCACGUACUGUAUGAUACGUUCUGGACCCCUAUAGGUUAAGCAACGAGGGUAUACAGACUUGUCAACCUUCAUUUUGGAGAUGCAAGGCCCUUAAAGAUCACUCAAAGAGUUGAUCACAAUUCAUGGAGUGGCGUCUGUAUAAUGGGAGCACAUUAAACCAGCGCAGAGUCACCCAAGGCGAGGGCGAAGCACCAGCUAUGCAUGGAGACAACUCUCCGUACCAAUGACCUAUUUAAGACCCUACUAAACCCGGAAUUCGAAAGACCAAGACCCCUUAUUACCAGUUGAUUGCCAAUUUCGGAAUAAGGGCAAACAUCUCAGAAGCAAUCGGGCGAUGUUUGAUGCCGCAUCGAGGAGAUUAAUUUCUUUCUACCAGUCUGACGAAUUGCUUUUCGCCGCAAUUCUUUACGAUUGGUGAACAUCUUAGAGUAAAUUUAUUUUUUAUCUACCCGUUUACGUGCAAGAUAUGAAGAAUGAAGUAAUUUUGGAUGUUGUAGGAGAAGAGCAGUGAAGAGCAGAGUUUAAUCCUCGUUUCAAAACCAUCAUCUCACUGGAACUCGUGAAAAUACAAGCAAAUGUUUUGAUGAUUGAAGUCGAUGAUAAUUUGCAAUUGUAGGUCUCGUUGGAAAACCAUUAUGGCAGCAGCUCCCUGUUGAAUUCUCAAGUUUGGAUACCCGAUGAAUUUGCUGACUUGCAUCUUACAAUUACAGGAAAUAUCUUGAGUGUUUAACCAUGAUGGAAGUCUGCAGUGAAAAAACAAAGGAACUAAGCGAGAGUGUGGAAAGUUUGGACAAAGAGUUCCGCGAACGAGUCGCUCAACACCGCACGGAUCGGAGGUUGAGCGUCCCUCGGAUAGGAACAGAUCUGACGUUCAAACAAGAAGAAGCGCUAGCAAGGAGAAAGGAGGGAAAGGUGGAGAAGGAAGAAGAGGACGAGCAACAAGGAGCCGUAGGGGGUAUUGAGAUCGAUGUAGAGGAUGUGACAACACCCGAACGCUGUAUAACGGUUGAAGACUGCGGGGAGCUGGAUCUAAGUGGACAGUUAGAACCGAGGAAAGAAUCUGAUAAAGAGAGACUGGAGAGACUCUUCCAGGCUGGUCUUGAGAGGCAGUACCGCGGGGAAGUCGAUGACGAUGAUGAUGACGAGGACGGGGAAGCUGCUAGGAAGACGAGAAGGGACACGGAGUUGUUGUUGAACAUCAUGGAGACGGAGAAGGAGAAGAAGCAAAGGCGAGGCAGUUGGAAGAGUGUUUGGGAUGAUGAUGACCCGGAGGAAGAUAGUAAGAUUAAUGAGGAUAUUGAGAGUGACCCAGUGAAGCGGAUACUAUGGGCAGCAGAGAAUAAUGAGAUAGAGACGGCGAAGGAUUUGCUGGAGGCCACACCAACUCUUAUUAGUAUACAGGACGAGGACGGUUAUACGCCGUUGCACCGCGCAGCGUACAACGGGCACACCGCUAUGGUGGAAUUCCUCCUCGAAAGAGGCGCGGACAUGUGCGCGCGCACCUCUGACGGUUGGCAGCCCAUACAUUGUGCUGCGCGCUGGAACAAUCCGUGCGUUGCGUCGCUUCUUGUUCAAGCCGGUUGCGACGUUAACGCGAUGACGAACGGAGGUCAAACGCCGUUACAUUUGGCGGCGUGUAGUGCUGAAUCGGAGGAGAUACUAAGUCUAUUGCUUCUGAGUCGCUACAUCGAUACGACACUCAAGAAUGCGGCGGACGAAACAGCUUAUGAUAUAGCAAGAAGGACAGGGAGACUAGUUUACCUGUUUGAGGUAAAAGACCCUCAUAUGCUACCUUCCACCAGCUGACGUCAGCGGGUUUUGUGUACAAGAUAAAGACGAUGAUAACGGACCAAUGAUGAAAGCGGUAAACUGAAUUAAAAGCGUCAUGAAAAUUGAUGAUUGUUGAUCUCACUACACCAAAAUUAGUUAUCUGUUGAAAGCCGGUCAGCUCGAUAAAAUAAACAGGAGGAAAAACUCCAUGUAUCUCCGUGUUACUGGCUUGAAUGUCUUUAUUGAUAUCUACUGUGUAUCUUCAGAAGUAUGAUGGUGUACAUGUAUUCCGGAUGUUUGUUCGUUUUAUUCACCCCUGCCUUUCUCCUUUCUGCAUUUAUUUGAUCUUUCCCUUUUCUUGUUUCCUUCCAUCUUCCUAAUUGAUUUGAUUCUCAGUUCUAUAUUUCUAUUGUUGCUAUGUUUCUUCAUCUCUUUCUUUAUCCCGUUCAUAUUUUCUUCAAUAUCU